AUGUAUAUCCGCCGUUUCUCCGCUGCGCUGGUGUCGACUCUCGUUGGAUACGGCGCCUGGUACACGUACAAGGGCAACGGCACCGAUCCUACCCAGGCUAUCACUCGUAGCUACUCGAACGGGAGACCAGCAGACGAUGCCCUUCCGACACGCUCGGUCUUGGUUAUAGGCGCGAACGAGCUGCACACGGGGACUAUUGUCGGCGACGGACCCAUCUCCAAGACAACUGACGACGAGGGUCGCAAGGUCCUGGAGAUGCUUACAAGCGACCAGGCGACGCAGAAAUUGAGGAAGAAUGAGCAGUCAUACUUCGUGAACCGAGGCCAGGGAGUCGUGCGAUAUGACCUAGUUCAACUUCCUAGCAAUGAUCCGAUUGAGGAUGACCAUGCUGAGAAGAUUGUUGAGAUUCCGGGAAAAGCUGAGGCGGCUGAGCCAAGCGCCAACAGCGACUGGAUGUUCUGGGGUGUGUUUGAUGGCCAUUCCGGUUGGACAACAUCUGCCAAGUUGCGACAAACUUUGAUCAACUAUGUUGCCAGAGAGCUCAACGAGACAUACCAAACCGGCAGCGUGAACCCCGAUCCGGAUGCAGUUGAAGCCGCAAUCAAAACGGGCUUUACCCGUUUGGACGAUGAGAUUGUCCAUCAAAGCGUGCAGCAGGUUCUGAAGUCAAACAACAAAGCUGUCGCCGCAGAGCUACUUGCACCAGCCUUGUCAGGGUCCUGUGCCUUGUUGUCAUUUUACGACAGCAAAUCUAAUUUGCUCCGUGUCGCUUGCACUGGUGACUCUCGAGCGGUUCUGGGCCGUCGGAGCGAGUCUGGCAAAUGGACUGCUACCCAGUUGUCGGAGGAUCAGACAGGCAGCAACCCCAAUGAAGCGGCGAGAAUGAGAAAGCUUCACCCGGGAGAAGAGCAUGUCAUUCGAAAUGGACGUGUUCUUGGCGGACUUGAGCCAACCCGUGCUUUUGGUGACGCAAGUUACAAAUGGAGUCGAGACAUUUCAGAUCGUCUACGACAGUCCUUUUUCGGACGGAGCGUGUCUCCGCUGUUGAAGACUCCUCCCUAUGUGACAGCCGAGCCAGUUGUCACAACCACUAAGAUCCAGCCCGAAAAGGGCGACUUUUUGGUCAUGGCUACUGAUGGACUAUGGGAGAUGUUAACAAGCGAGGAGGUAGUUGGUCUCGUCGGCAAGUGGAUUGAGAACCAAGCUGCUGCGUCCGCCAACUCACAGUUCGACUCCGUCUGGUCCAAGAUCUUCGGAGGCCAAAAGGGCCUUCCCGUUGAGCCGGGCAAGAUUGCAUCCGAAGAUGACGGCCAGAAGACACCUAUCAGGCUGAGGCAAUGGGGGGUUUCUCCUGACACAGACCGCUUUGUUGUACAAGACAACAAUGUUGCUACUCAUCUCAUCCGAAAUGCCCUUGGUGGAAAGAACGAGGAGCAAGUGACGGCCCUGCUCACUUUGCCAUCUCCGUAUUCGAGAAGAUACCGGGACGACUUGACUGUUCAAGUCAUCUUCUUCGGUCACGGCGAUAAGACAGGCGAGGUUGUGGUUAAUAAGGAUGCGACUGCCCCGCCGAAGCCCAUCAAGGCCAAGCUGUGA